AUGCCGGAUCUCAUCCGCACCGUGUCCCCGUCAACCGGGGAAGUGGUCUUUGAGCGAGAGGGCACCUCACUGGAAGAAGUAGCGAGCAUGCUCUCUCGUGCCCAGAUUGCCCACCAAUCUUUCCGCAAAGUACCACUUGAAACACGCAAGUCAUAUGUGCUCAGGGCUCUCGACAAUCUCGUCGCUUGGAAGGAAGAGCUAUCCCAGGAGCUUACGAGACAGAUGGGUCGGCCCACCGCAGUGGCAAGCACCGAGAUCACUACCAUGAUAAAGCGCGCAGAAUAUCUCUUAGAGAACGCGUGUGCCUCACUGGCAGAUAUUCCUGGUCAAAAUGAGCCUGGAUUUCGAAGAUGGGUCAGUAAAGAGUCGGUUGGUCCAGUCUUGAUCAUUGCCGCAUGGAACUUUCCAUGGCUAAUCACAAUCAACACACUCGUACCGGCAAUUCUAGCUGGCAACUCGGUCAUCCUGAAGCCGUCGCCACAGACGCCAUUGGUUGCGGAACGAUUCUUGGCAGCAUUCGCGGCCGCAGGUCUUCCCGCCGACGUCCUUCAGGUCCUGCACAGUGGCAGCUAUGCGAAGCUUGAGAGUAUUGUCCAGUGCCCGGGCAUCAAACAGAUCUGCUUCACCGGAUCGACGGCGAUUGGAUUAGCCAUUCGCCGCGCGACUGCUGAUAGAAUCGUGCCCUUGAACCUUGAGUUGGGCGGUAACGACCCUGCCUACGUUAGGCCCGAUGCGAACUUGGAUUGGACAGCUGCAAAUAUUGUGGAUGGUGCUGUAUUCAAUUCUGGACAGAGUUGUUGCGCAGUUGAGAGGGUCUAUGUACAUGAGUCGGUUCACGAUGCAUUUGUGCGCGCGGUGCAGCACCAUCUAGACGGGUACAAAGUCGGCGACCCAACUGAUGGCGCAACGAGCAUCGGGCCUGUCAUCUCGCAGACUGCCUUGAGAAAUAUCCAAAAUCAGAUAGAGGACGCACUCGCCAAGGGCGCAAUUGAUGCAACACCGACAAAGAUUGGAUCUACCGUACUCCCAGAAACAGGCAAUUACCUUAUCCCACGAAUUCUUACAAACGUUACGCACGACAUGGCAGUUAUGACGAGCGAAACCUUCGGGCCAGUAAUACCGAUUAUGAAGGUCCGCGAUGAUGCCGAAGCCGUGUCUCUCAUGAAUGACAGCGAGUACGGCCUAACUGCGAGCAUCUGGACCCAAGAUAUCGGGCGCGGCGAAGUAUUGGAGCGCGAGAUAGAAGCGGGCACCGUGUACAUCAACCGAUGUGACUACCCCAGCCCUGUGAGUAUUGACAUCUUAUCAAAGAGGUCGGCCAUUGGCUCAAGAAGAAAUGGAAAUUACUAA